GGCUUGGUGGGGCAUGUAACUGUGUUGAUUGGCAUUGCAGCAGAGGGCCGUCCCGUGGGAGGUGUGAUAGCUCAACCGUUUUACGUUGAAGGCAGUAAGGAAAUUGUGGAUUCUAAUAACAUUGUGGCCAAAUCUGUCCCUCGCAUUAUCUGGAGUUUCGAAGGAAUGGGUUUGCAUGGUCUUACGCCGAGUCUUCCAUUUGAUAAACUCCAAAAUACCAAAUUGCCUUUCCCGAUUGAUCCAUCAGUAAAACCGGGUGACGUUCAUCAUACAAUUGUUACCACGCGUUCUCACCCGACAGCCCUUGUGACUAGGGCUAUUGAAGCCUGUUCUCCUACUGAGGUAUAA